AUGGACAAGAUUACGGUUAUGCAAUUUAUCUUGCAUUUUAUGAUUCUGGAAAAAAGGGUGUAUCCCUUAACCAUGGAAACGGAAGACGUUGUCAUUAAUUUGCAAGAGGACAACAGUUUUACACUCAAUUGUACAUAUAAAAUAAGUACAGAAAUAAUUUCGUACGGAGGAAUCAUGUGGCAAAAACAGAUAAAUGGUACAUUCAAAGAUAUAGCAUUUUUUUCACAUGCUGGUGGCAAACCUCCAUUUUUUGAAAAGGAAAUGGAAACUUUAUACGAAAACAGAACAGAGCUCAUCGGCCCAAAUACCUCCCUCUCUGCUGUGAUGAUAAUAAAGGACCCUGUCUGUACUGAUGAAGGAACAUACAACUGCUUGAUACGAUACUUUUACGAUAAUUCACUUAAAGCAAACACAACCCCAUCUGUAGUUGUAUUCAAUUCGAAAGCAACAAAACCUGAACAGUUUCUGGUGUUUCCAAAUGAGGUACACGAGAACCAGUCCAUUACUAUACAUUGUAUUGCAGAUGUCGGAAGUCCACAUGGAUAUAUUCAAAUUUGGAAAAAAACUGAAAAAUCUAAUACAUCUGAGGUGAUUUACAAAUCAUCCACAACAAACGGCAAAACAGAAAACUGUACAGAAAUAAUCAAUGUUACCACCACUUACAUUAUGACCAGAGAAGACAAUGGAGCUCUCUUUCGAUGUACCUCAAAAAACAAUUUCACCAAAGAGUCAAUACCGAGUAGCGAUUCAUCAAAAAUUUCGGUUAUCUAUGGACCUGGCACGCCUGCAGUCGUCUUGUCACCAAACAAGCCAGCGUACUUUGUUGGGGAGUUUCUCACAAUUCAAUGUAGUUCUGACAGUAAUCCACCGCCUGUCUUUACUUGGAGCUUUAAGCCACAAAACAAAUAUGGAGACACAAGGAUCGAAUAUUUUCAAUACAAAUCUAAGCUAGUGUUCCAUAGCCUUAAAACGGAGAAUGCUGGAACCUAUACCUGCACCGUUAACAACGCGACAAAUAAUCUAACCUCUUUUGUUUUUGUCCAUGUCAAAAAUUAUGAGAGAAUAUACACUGGUUGUGAUCAAUGUGGAUAUAUCGAAACAUGUCAGCAGAGUAAUGAAAAAACGGUUUGUAUUGUCAAUAUUUGGAUGCCUAUCGCAGUGGUCUGUAUACUGUUAAGUGCAACAUUCGCUGUCUCGUCUAUUGUUAUGAUCAGGCAGAGAAAGAGAACACAAGAGAGCACUGCAACCAACAAUAUAAUAUUUGAAAACAGAUCUCCUCCAUCUGAUGCUACAUCUGAGAAAGUGGAUCUACAUGGAGGGUACAUAUCACCUGAGGAUUUAGAUUUUGGGUCUCCUUCUCCUACUGUAACACAGAAAGGAAAUGGUGCUGCAUACUCGCCCCUAUAG